GGGAGCUAUCAGAUCCAUAAAUAGUGGGCAAGAGGUUGGGAUUUAAAACCUAUCUAGAAGGCCUUUGUCCUUUCUGAGUGGAUCGUACAACUUGACAAGGUGACAAGACGCUUCAAACACGCAAGUGUGUUAUUUUUUCUCCAUCGCCUGGUUGGAGAAGUGUGGCUGGGCGGUGCUCGUCACAGUGUACGCCCCGCCCGCCGUCGGGCCGCCCGGAAGCCGUGACAGCAGCUCUUCGUACCCGACGCCGCUGUCCGACUAGGUGCUGUGUUAUCCCAGCGUCUCCGGUCGCCUGGGCGUCUAUGGAUCUGCUAAUAUAACAUAAACGCGACACAUAGGUGGACGUUAUCUCCUGUAUUAUCUCCGAGGGUAGCCAUGCUAGCUAACUUUUUCUCUUGGGAUCUGGAAUGCUGGUUUUCCACUCUGUAAGUCUUCCAAGGGAAGGAAACAAACGAAUACUCAUCACAGCCACCCAGGGGGAAGGAAGGGGAAAAAAAAAACAAUAAAAUGAAGACCGACACGGGGACGAGAAUCUGAGUUUUGUUUGUCACCAGUGGAACAGCUAGCUAGUAAGCUAGCUCGCCUGCCAGCCGGCUUGGAAGUGACAAUAGUGGGGCCAUGGCUGGGCUGAUCAAGAAGCAGAUCCUGAAGCAUCUCUCCAGGUUUGCUAAGAACCUGUCCCCGGACAAGAUCAACCUGAGCACGCUAAAGGGAGAGGGCCAGCUGACCAACCUAGAGCUGGACGAGGAGGUGCUGCAGAGCCUGCUCGACCUACCAACCUGGCUGGCCAUCAACCGCGUGGGCUGCAACAAAGCCGCCAUCAGGAUACCGUGGACAAAACUGAAGACCCACCCAAUCUCAUUGACUCUGGAUAAGGUGGUGAUGGAGAUGAGCACCUGUGAUGAGCCCCGCCCCCCCAACGGCCCAUCACCCAUAGCAACAGCCUCAGGACAAAGUGAGUAUGGCUUUGCUGAGAAGGUGGUGGAGGGCAUUUCCCUGUCUAUCAACUCCAUAGUGAUCAGGAUCAGUGCCAAAGCCUUCAACGCUUCCUUCGAGCUCUCCCAGCUCCAGGUCUACAGUGUCAACACCAGCUGGAGCAUCAGCGACCUGCGUUUCACUCGCAUCCAGGACCCCCAGAGGGGAGAGAUAUUGACCUUUAAAGAGAUCAGCUGGCAGAUGAUCCGCAUCGAGGCAGAUGCCAUCCAGAGUAGCGAGCACGAGAUGCUGAGUGCUCCCAUCCGCCUCAUCACCAAUCAGUCCAAGAUCAGAGUCACUCUCAAGAGACGGAUGAAGGACUGUAAUGUGGUGGCCUCCAAGCUGAUUCUGAUCCUGGAUGACCUGCUGUGGGUGUUGACUGACUCCCAGCUUAAAGCCAUGGUGCAAUACGCCAAGUCUUUAAGCGAGGCAAUGGAGAAGUCUGCUCAGCAGAGGAAGAGCAUGGCCACUGAAGACCAGGUGUCGUCGGCACCCCCCUCCACCCAGCAGGUGCGCACCCAGCAGGCGUCUGCGGCUGCCGACCAGAGCGCCAGCAUGGCUAAACUGUUCAGCGCCUAUGAUGUGUGUGAGACCUCCCACCACCUCCAGAUCACGCACCUUGACCUGCACAUCUGUGAUGACAUCCACGCCAAGGAUAAAGUGACCAAUAAGAGGAUAACUGGAGGAGCUAUGCAGCUAUCGUUUAGCCUCAUCACACUGGACUACUACCCCUUCCACAGAGCAGGAGAUAGCUGUGUCCACUGGAUGCACUACAGCGAAGCCACCAAGGCCAGGGAGGGAUGGGCCCGGAGCCUGCUGGAUGAGUUCAAGUCCAACGUAGAGAUGCUGAAGAGUGCUGUCAGGGACCAGCAGGGCACCACCGCCACACACAGCUCCCCACAACAUGGUAAGAUAACUACAUCUUCCAGUUCCUUCAGCCCUCCCCCUCAGAGCCCCAAGACGCAGCUGAUGUCGAGCUCUGUUGUUCUCAGGAUGGCUGACUUCAGCAUCUACCAGGUGUCCACAGCCGACCAGCGGCGUUCCAGCCCUAAGGCCAUGAUCUCCUGCAAUAAGAAAUCCCUGUACCUUCCCCCAGAGAUGCCUGCCAUCCACGUCGAGUUCACAGAGUACUACUUUCCAGAUGGAAAAGACUACCCAAUCCCGUGUCCCAACUUGUACGUCCAGCUGAAUGCCCUGCAGCUGGUGCUGGACCCUCGCAGCCUCGUGUGGAUCAACCUGUUUGGCCUGGACCUCAGGCAGAGUCUGGAGCAGUUCAUGGAGCUUUACAAACUCAACGACUCGCAGAAGCCCGACGAGCACGUUGACAUCCGGGUGGAUGGCCUCAUGUUAAAGCUGGUGAUUCCCACUGACAGGGAUCCAUCCUGCCCCCCUGACCUGCCCCACUCCAUCUCUGUGCAGACCUCAGAGAUGGUGGCCACCAACACCCGCCACCCAGCAAACUGCACCCGCUCCCACCUCGAGGCCCUGCUGCAAGCCUUCCAGGAGGAGUCCUUCUUCUCCUCCUCUUUCUCCUCAUUCCCUCGCUCCAUCUCCUCUUUUUCCCUACUACACCCUGUCUUUCAGCGUCAUGCUCAUGAACAAGACACCAGGCUGCACGACAUAUACAGGGGCCUGGUGGUGCCCACCAUGGGGACUGAUGCCCUCAAAAUGCCUGCAGCCAUUGACUUGUGGGCACUGCACUUUGCCCAGUUCUGGGUGGACUACGAGGGCACGCGGGGUGGUAAGGGGCGCCCCCAGCCCUUUGUGGACUCCUUCCCCCUCACCAUCUGGGCGUGUCAGCCUGCGCGACACACCCAGCAUCAGGAGAGGUUGAGAGGAGGGGUUGGAGCAGAGCAGGGAACGCCCCGCUCAACGGAGCUGUCCAGGAGCGCCUCUGUAGAGACUGUGGCACGCCUGCAGAGGAAACGGUUACUGAAGGAGUACUACAGCACUGAUGGAGAGCCAGCAGAGUCUCACACCAACAGCACAACGCUCCCACCCAGCAAUGGACUCCACAAACCCCUCUCACUGGACAUUUUGUCCUCCUCAUCCUUCUCAUCGUCUGCAAGUAGAGACAGUGAUAUGCAUAUGUUGGUGCAUGUGCAGAAGCAUUUGAGUGCUCAGGUAAGCCAUAGGCAGUACAUGUUUCUGAUGCGUCUACAGCGCAGCAUCAAAGCGCUGCAGCAAACGCUGCAACAGGACAUAGAGGAGAUGGGCUCCAAGAAAGACCGUAAAGACUCCUCCUCACAGCACUCGGCUGACCACAAGCCUUUCAGCGUCUGCCUUAGCCUCCUGCUGAAAAGUGCAGAGGUAUCUCUGCUCCUGAAGCCCAUCCCUCAGCCCGAAGGCUCGGGUUCCCCAUUGGGGUCAGAACUCUCCCCGUCAGAGAGCAGAGGAACUCUGGAGCCAGGCAGCGACUCGGCAGAGGGGGGAGAAAGGCGGGUCGACAGGGCCGGAUGUGGGACAGCUAAAGGGGUUUGCAAUGUAGACCAGCUGCUGUGCGGGGGAGGGACAGAAGGUGGGGCCACACAGGGUCCCGCCCCCCUCAUCCCCACAUCCACGUCCACCUCCCGUCCCAACCCAAACCGCAAAGCCUCAUUAGAGGAGAGGACUUCAGCUAAGAACCUUGGGAGGUGGGGUUCUGAGGAAGGGGGCGAGGUGAUGGUGGAUGGUCGGACUGGGGGUGAUGAGCCAGAUGCUGGAGCAGACACCAGAACCCAGACAGGUGACCCCCUCCCUGAUCCCCUCUCCACCAAAGACUGGAAUGACAAAGACAAGGCCACAGCAGCCAAAAUGCCUCAGUCAAUAUCCAGCGGUCGUUUGAUGCGGGACCGGUCCCAGUCCAGUUUCUCUGUGUCCUAUAAGAACAUGAAAAAGAGUCCGUCCCUGCAGUCUUUGGACAACAUCUCCAUAGACAGCUACCUGAUGGAGGACGGAGACACGUGCAGCCUGCUUGAGAGGGAUGACGUGUCCAUCUCCGGCUUCAAAGACGUGGCAAGUGAGCAGAGCGCCACUGAGAGUGCCAAUGAGGCUUUGACCAGCUUGGAGCAGGAAGGAGGUGUGUCCCCCGACACUGUCAGUGCCACCUCCCAGAGUAUUGACGAACCCACCAAAGACAUGGUGUCGGUGCUGGUGCUAAAGGUGCAGUCGGUGUGCGUGGGCAUGGAGGUGGUGGGUGAGAGCACAGCAGUGGCCCUGGAGGUGGGCGAGGUCCGACCCAACCAGUUGGGCAACGUCAGCCUCAGACAGUACCUCAGCAACCGCAGCCUGGGUGGCGGGGAGAGCCAGUCAGGGGCACGGGGGGCCCAACAGCGGGCAGAGGUGCGGGCUCGCCUUGAGAGCGGGCCCUGCGCCGCCACCCACUCCCCACUGGCCGAGCGAAACGGCUUCCUGCAGCUGCGUCUCCACGGCUACCGCGCCAGCUUCCUGAUGUCCACGCUGCGGAACCUGGCCCACUUCCUAGAGGACGACUCGGCCCCCCAGGUCCUGCCCAUGGAGAUUAGUGUCAGGGAUGCUCACAUUGACAUCAAGGAUGAUGGCCCACGUGACAACCCAGCAGACCCAGAGCCCACUCCCAUCACUCUUCACGUGGACAGUCUCAUCAUUCACAGAGGAGACGAUGGCUCCUUCUCCAUAGGAGUGGACAGUGCAGCAGAGUCCAAACCCAGGAAAGAGAGCACGCAGAUUGACAGCACUCUCAGCCCUGUCCCCGAGGCCUCAGGAGCGGUCGUUGGCAUUCCAAAGGCUACACAGACCCAAGCCCCACCCAUCAGCCCAUCUCCAUCUAGCAGAGAAAAGAUGCUAAUGGAAGAGAAUGAGUGCUUGAAAGUGGAGCUGUCCAGGGCUAAGAUGGCGCUGGCUGAGGCUCAGAUGGAGAAAGACUCCCUGCUGCACCACAUGAAGAAUCUCAAAGUCAGCACCAGCUAGGCCGGGCUGUGUGUCUCUGCAGCCAGCUGUCCAGCCGCCACCGGUCCCCCACAAUAAAGUACUUACCACUGGAGCGCAGCGGCGAGAGGGGGCUGAUGGAUACACCAAAAGUAACUCAUGGCAACAGCAACAAGUAAUAAAUAAAAAAGGGGGCAUCUCUUGACUCUUUAUGCUACAUUUCGCCUGACCUUCCUAUGCCCGUUUGAAGAGGGAGCCACAGCGUCACGUGACGCUUCAUGCUGAUUUCCUCCACAAAGCGAUCCAGUGUCCAUUCCCAGACUCAAAAGUGCACAUUUUACACAAUCGUCGUCAGUCUUUUUAGCAUCUGUGUCAGUGUCUAAUGUUCUUAACUGUUGAUGCCAUCUCUACUCCAUCUACCAAACUGGUUGAGGGGGGGGGCAGAUGGUAGGCAGUGGGGGAAGAUGAGUGUGCGGGUGUGAAGUAAGAGGACACAAGUGUGACAUCUAUAGAUUUUCGUAGAGUUUAGCCUACAGUGUACACAGCCUUAAGGUCAGCUUUGGCCUUCCUACACUGUCUCUAUUGUGUCGGUUGUUUGAGUAAAAAAAAAACACAAAUCAUCCACGUCAGCCCAUGGUCACUACUAAGUACCACAGGUACGAAGGAACACUGAAUGUUCUACCUUUGGAGGAAUGUCUUAAAAAUAGACUUAUUUUGCACUGCACUGUAAGUUAUAAUUUAGUGGUUUCAUAUGGGGGGAGGGGGGGAGAAGAGCCCUUCCUCGGGGUGUGUAUAGCAUAGUGUAUAUUGUAUCUUAAGAAUGUGAAGUGCACACACACGCUCAAGACUUUUUUUCUACAGUCUGAAUGGUGAUGGGGAGUGUGUGCGUGGUGACGGCAUGCACGUAUGAUAACGGCGUGUGUGUGCACACAUGUGCGCGUGUCUAGUCAGAACAAGCAUUUCAUCACAGCAAGAAAAUAAGAUGAUGUCGAUAAACGUUUCAUUCCAAAUUUAUCACCAGUCCCUGAACAAUGUCCUAUUGCACUGCUGCCUCCCCCCCCCCCAACACCCACACACACACACACACACACACACACACAUAUUGUUUUUCUAUGUGUAAAUAACUAGUUGGACGUGCAGCACUUAUAAAAGUCCAGCCGGGUCAGCGGACACUUCCUGGUCGACUGUCAGCGAGUGAGUCGAGACAGCACAUUGCCCUUCUAUUAGUCAAUUAACAUAAGCAUACUAAUAACAUGUGCUGUUUACUUAAUCCUGGAAAUCACUGGCGAGUAACACGGACAUGUUCAAGUUGCCUGGCUAUA